AUGCCUCACUCAAAAUCCGUUGGUGUUAAGGGAUCCUCAUCUUCCACAAGAAUCAAUAACGAUGAAGUGGAGAAAUGGUUGGUUACUCCACAUGUGAAGCACCUUUACCGAAAUCAGAUUGCUUCAGUAGAAUCAAUUUUAGGUAAGGUUCUAUACGUUACGUUCUUCAAUUCAGAAUUUCCCGAAAUCAUGGAACUUUUCAAGAAUAUUGGAUGGGAUAAUUUUAUCACCUACCAAGCUAAAGGCUAUUAUCCCAACGUUGUACGUACUUUUUAUGCAAACAUGGAGCGAUACGAAAAUGGAAUCAAAACAAACUUGCUUGGAAAAGAUAUCCAUUUAACUUCAACAUCUUUGGGCAAGAUUCUUCGAAUUAAGCCAGGGGAUUUUGAGGUUCAUAUUAUCAAGAAGCAAUGUAUUAUGGCUCAAGGCUUUACACCACAAGAGUUUUUGCCUCUGGUUAUGACUAACACUCCUGUAAACUUUGGCCAUCCUCCACUUUAUAAGCAGCUUAGUUUGAAAGCUCUCAUUCUGCACAAGCUCAUUACAAACAACAUUUUACCACGGUCUGGUUUACAUUCAAUCUUCCUUGCAUUUAUCUUGCUUUCUUCCCACGUUGGGUCAAUGCCAAGGAAGUCUAGGUCCACAUAUAUUGUGCAUAUGGAUGAAUCUCUCAUGCCCAAGGUCUUCGAAGCUAACCACCAUUGGUACUCCUCUAUCCUUAAUUCUAUUUCAAGGGCAAUGCCUUUCGAGGAGACCAACUCCUCGUACAUCCCUCAAUCUAGGCCCACCCUUGUCUAUACCUACCAUACUGUCCUUCACGGCUUUAGUGCAGUUCUUUCUAUUGAAGAACUAGAGGCACUAAAGAAGUUUACAGGAUUUGUAUCAGCCUACAGUGAUAAGACUAUCACUCUUGACACGACUCACACAUCUGAAUUCCUCUCUCUCAACAAUUUCACUGGUCUUUGGCCAGUUUCAAAUUAUGGAGAGGAUGCCAUCAUCGGUGUUGUUGACACUGGGGUUUGGCCUGAGAGCCAGAGCUUCACGGACUGUGGUAUGCCUAGAGUUCCAGCCAGGUGGAAGGGGAUAUGCCAAGAAGGAGAGGACUUCAAUUCCUCUAUGUGUAACUUAAAGCUCAUAGGAGCCCGAUACUUUAACAAAGGAGUUAUGGCCGCGAACCCACGUUUUAAGAUCCCUAUGAACUCGCCUAGAGACAUAGUUGGGCAUGGGACGCACACAUCCUCUAUAGCUGCCGGGAGCUAUGUGCCAAGUGUGUCAUUCUUUGGUUAUGCAUACGGAACAGCAAGAGGAAUUGCCCCACAUGCAAGAGUCGCCAUGUACAAGGCACUUUGGGAAAAGAGCUACGCAUCUGAUAUUGUUGCGGCUAUAGAUCAAGCUGUGGUUGAUGGUGUUGACGUGAUUUCUUUAUCAUUAGGUUUGGCUCAUCUAGCGUUGUAUGAGGACCCGGUUGCAAUAGCUUCCUUCGGGGCCAUGGAGAAAGGGGUGUUUGUGUCAGCCGCUGCAGGAAAUACGGGGCCAGCCCUCGGAACCUUAGACAAUGCAAUCCCUUGGGUCUUGACUGUUGCUGCAGGCUCCAUCGAUCGACGAUUUGCCGGAACACUAAAACUAGGAAACAAGGUGACUAUUGCCGGAUGGACCCUGUUCCCUGCAAACGCUGUGGUUGUUGACUGGCCUUUGAUAUAUGACAAGGCUUUGUCAGCAUGCAAUUCCUCAGUUUUGUUAUCUAAUGUUCCUAAAAAUGCCGCCAUCAUUUGUGAAGAGUACAAAAAUACAUCUCCCAAUGACCAAUUAGAGCAUGUUGCUGCAUCAGGAGUGCCUGCUGCAAUAUUUGUCAGUAGUGAUGUUACACUUUCUCAGUUUAACUUCUUUCCUUGUCCUGGCAUUGUGAUUAGCCCGAACGAUGCACCCACUGUCAUCAAAUACGCCACAACUACUGAGAAUGCAAUAAUCAACAUGAAGUUUCAAGAGACAUUUUUGGGGACAAAACGUGCCCCAGCUGCUUCUUCUUACACUUCAAGAGGCCCCUCCCUAAGUUAUCCUUAUGUCUUGAAACCGGAUAUAAUGGCUCCGGGAACGACUGUUUUGGCUGCUUGGGUUCCAAAUGUUCGUACAACUCGAAUUGCACAAAGUUGGGAAUUGUUCAGUGAUUAUAACAUAUUGACUGGGACAUCCAUGGCCUGUCCUCAUGCUUCAGCUGUGGCUGCGCUCCUACGAGUAGCACACCCUGAAUGGACCACAGCAGCCAUUCGCUCUGCCAUGAUCACUACUGCGAAUCCUUUUGAUAAUACUUUCCAACCUAUUAUGGACCUUGGCGAUACUAAUCUUGCUUUCGCAUCACCUCUAGUCAUGGGAUCUGGUCAGGUUAAUCCCAACCAAGCGCUAGAUCCAGGACUUAUAUAUGACGUCACUCGUCAAGACUAUAUUAAUCUCCUUUGCUCCACAAAUUUUACCAAGAAUCAAAUCACAACAAUUACCAGAUCAAGUAGUUACAAUUGCUCGAGUCCUAAUUCUGAUCUCAAUUACCCAUCAUUUAUCGCCUUGUAUAACAGAAAGUCAUCAAGAUCAACAACAUUAGUUCAAAAUUUUCAAAGGAUUGUAACCAAUGUGGGCUCAGGGCAAGUGACUUAUACAGCUAAGGUGAUUCCUCCACAUAAUUCCAUAAUCACAGUGUUGCCACAAACACUUGUUUUUAAAAAAAUGUAUGAGAAAUGUAAUUAUACCUUGACCGUAAGGUACCAUAGCCCUAUGAAUGGGAGUGUUUCAUUUGGUUGGCUUAUUUGGGUGGAGAAGGGUGGAAACCGCCAAGUGAGGAGCCCCAUAGUGGUGGCUCCAAUGAUGGGUGCUUGA